UGGCGAGGAUUCUCUAUCACAAUGCUUAGGCCUAGUAUUCACAUGUCUUCCACCCCGUAGACAGUGACAAACGCGGAAACCAAACACACGAUCAUAAGUAGUACCCUACCCAGCCACAGUGUCACAACAAAUCUGGCUGCUGCGGCGGCAGAGAGCGUCACUUGUCCACGUCAUCAAAAAGGAAUGCACGACAAAUGGCAGAAGCUGAUAGGAGAAAAGAGGAGGAUGCAGGAAGAUCGAAGAGGAUCCCGAUGGUUCAAAUCCGUGAUUGGUGGAAGGAAGGGGGCACGCAAAAAUCAGGAGUAGACGAAGCACAGGCCGCACAGGCAGUGGUAAAUGACCUGAAAAGAAUGACAGGGAACAUUCGCGACUCGAUCGGAAAAACGAAUAGUAAUGGGUGGCGGAAAAGGAAUCGCACAGCUGAACCUCGUCCCUCUAGGCUCUUACGGCCGCAUUACAUACUGCCACAGCAACCCAGCAGGCCCCCGCAGGUGCAGCAAGCUUGAACGGCAAAGUUGAUGCGUGACGAUAAAGCAAAUUGCGCAGAAUGAAAACG